AUGUCGGACGAUGCGGGGUCUCCACUCCUGCCCAGUGCAGAGCAACGACCAUCAUCGAAGCAUUCUCGACUUUCAGUCACUUCGCGCAAAUCGAGCGACUCACAUGAAUCAUCUCCACAUGAAUCAUCGCCUUUAUUAGCGCACUCUGAUGAUACUCCUCGAUAUGAUGGCGAAGAACCUGAAGAGGAGGAUGAUCGAAUCGUAUCACCAGCUGCGGAGUCUCUGCGUUCUAUUCAUGAUAGAGAAGCUGGCAAAUCUGCAAACGAAGGAUUGCGAUGGCCGACGAUUGUGGCUAUCGCCUUGUUGUUUUUGGCCGGUAUUGCUAUCCUGAUAUCUGCAUUUUUCGCACCUGCAAUCGUCCAAGAAUAUGCCAAGGAAUCACUUGUUAUCGAGCCUACGAAUCUAUCGAUAGACAGCUUCACCGCUAACGGGGUGAGAGCUCGAGUACAAGCGAACUUCAAGAUGGAUGCAUCGAAAGUCAAGAAUCAUGCGGUUCGAAACAUUGGACGAUUUGGUACAUGGAUUGCGAAAGAGGUUGAAAGCAAGGAAUCAAGCGUCGAGGUCUAUCUUCCAGAAUAUGAUAAUCUUCUCAUUGGGACCGCCAUUGUUCCCAAGGUGGUGGUCAAUAUUCGUAAUGGUGUUGUCACACCCAUUGAUUUUUUCACCGACCUUACGCCAGGCAGUGUUGAUGGAUUGAGACAAGUAGCCAAUGACUGGUUAGAGGGUCGUUUGGGACAAUUGCGGGUAUUGGGCAAGGCCAAUGUUGCAUUGAAAUCAGGGCUACUCUCGCUUGGAUCACAGACUAUAUCCGAGUCGAUGAUUUUUGAAGGUCAAUCUCUCUAUCGUUCUUUUGCAUCGCUGUACUUUGGGGAGAAAAGUAUUGGUUGA